CUUGCUGGUAGAUGGUAUGUUGCAGCUGCUUCACCAGUAAGACAAACAGUAAGCAAAUGCAUCUACUUUGAUGUCAUUGUCAACGGAUCAAAUUCGUUUAAGAUGAACUUUACAUCCGCUAAAUUUUCGAAUUCACGAACUGUUUCUUGGAGCGUAGUCGGACAAAAAACUGAAAACGAACUAAGCGAGUUCUGGCAAAUGAAUGGUUCGCCAAAUAUAUUCGGUCCAUUUUUUCAAAAGAUGCUGGCAAUGGACACCAACAAUUAUUGUGCUAUGAUCAUGUGCACUGAUCAUAAUCCUACCAUGUACAGAGGCUCCUUUGGAAUGGUAUGGUCAAGGACGAAAAGAUUACCGGACGCUGAUUUACUUUCUUUGAAAGAAAAAAUUGCUGAGUAUAUUAACGAAACAGAAAUUAUUGAUGUCACAAAUUCGUGUUGGAUAUGA